UUUUAGGUGUGCUUUUUUUGUUUAGAAGCAUAUUGAGUGCCUGACAUUGCAUUAUAUUACGCAAAUAUAUGUUAUUCUUUCUGUUCCGGUCAUUUCAAUUUUUUGCCGGUCCGUGAGUACAUUUAAUUUGGGCUAAACACUCAGCUUGAAUAGGAAAUAUCUAAUGCGCAAACAUGGUCAACAUCGUCCACCUUGUUAAUAUGUACGGAUUCAAGUAUAAAUAAUAUCAGUUAUGGGAUAAAUAAUAUUUAUUGAAAAUUUUAGAGAUUAUUUCAGAAAAAGCUGGUAUAGAAAAACUGAAACUAUAAUAUUUUCUGCCAGAAAUCCGAGAGCAUCGUAGCGAAAUUGCGGAACAAUCAAACAAAAUAAAAGAUUUUCGAAAUAACGCUCUUCAGCAAUCUCGCCAAAUUGAAACUCUACUGAAAAAAAACAAAGAACAAAACUCUGUGGUCAAUGAAUUGAAAAAAGAAUUGAUCGAAGUUCAAGAAAGAAAUGAUAAGUUGGAGAAAGAAUUGAUUGAACAAAAUAAAACAAAUAAUGCGAUGAAAAAAGCAAUGGAUCGAAUCGAACAAAACUCACUGCAAUGGAGGAGCUUCAACAGGUUCAAUCUGGAAAUCAACAGAUUUCAAUGACAACAACCAAAACAACAUUGAAACCGACUCCUUCCCCAGAAUACUGCAAAUUGAAGAUUGGAAAUAUCUGUUAUUCUGCUGUGGUACGAGUUGAAAAUGAUGUCAGCUACGACAAAGCAGUUGAUAUUUGUAAGAAACGUAAUGCAGAUGUUGGUUUGAUUCGAGAAGAAGUGUCUUACAAUGCGAUUAUAGAUUUCCUGAGACGGAAUAUUCCAAAAGGUUAUACGGGGAUGCCAAUAAGGACAGGAAUCCGCUUUGAUCCAAUGACACAUGACGUCGCACCCGAAGAUUCAUCCAUAAAAUGGAGUCAAAGUUUUCCACGCACUGGAAUUGAAUAUACAGAUCUCACGGAUGUUUCUCUCGUAGUUCAUUUCAACGCGAAAGUGCAAGGAAUGAUAAAUGUUCGUCGUGUCUCGGAGGCUCAUGGAGUUCUUUGUGAGAUCCAGAUCUAAUGAAACAUCUGUCUCGUUGCAUUCUGUCCCCAGGUUAUAUUGUAUUAGUAAAAUAUAACUCAUUGAAUAUUGGUUUGAAAUUUUUACAAUUGACAUUUCACUUAGAUUGAAUUGUUGUCAACAAUUUAUUGAGAGUCAGAUUAAAAAUAUUGAACAUUUGUCUGUUUGAUUUUUUUGCCGUUUUCGAUCGAACUUUUAUGACGGUAUAUAUGUUAAUUUCGCAUAUUUUAAUAUUUAAUUUUAUUUUAGAAAUUUUGAAAUAAAAAAUAUUACAAGUUUGCCUCGUUAACUAGAA